CCUCGUUACAUUCUUUCUAAAAGUUCCGUCACUAAGUGAGGAACGAGUCAUCGGGUUGUCACAUAUUAUUCUUGGCAUGUCAGGGACGGCGUGGAGCGCGCGUCAGACGCCGGGAAGGUCUCAUCAGCCAUCGACCUCCGCAGCCAGCUUCCGACGGCUGACGAACAACUUUCUUUCUUGCGCAUCCUGGCCAGCUCAUUAGGGUGACUAGACCGUUCAUUCAUCUUCCUUUUCUCUAGACUUUUUUUUCUUGCCAUUCUGGGGAACGGUUAUGGAAGAGCUGUCAGCACCGUCCCCAGCACCGCCGAGAGCGUCGUCAUCGUCCAGGGUCCAUCAGAAACGACAAAAGGCUUGUGAUGCAUGCCAUCGACGGAAAAUUAGAUGCAAUGGCGAGGAAGGUGGACCGAAUUCGUGCUCUUAUUGCGUAAAGAACGGUUAUGAAUGCACAUACAAUCACCAACCCAACAAAUGGCCACCAUCCAAGACGUAUGUCGACGGAUUGGAGUUGCGCGUCGGAGAACUUGAGCGGCGGGUGGAAUACCUGAAGCGCGAGCUUGCGAAAGCUCGCCGAGCCGCCGCCGACUCGACAUCUUCUGACACGGAGGACUCCGACUGGAACCCAAGAAAGGAGGAAGAUGAAGAUCCAGAGACUCGGGCUGCUCUGAAUGCUUUGGCCGAUGGAUACGAGGAUCUCUGGCUGGGCAAUCCAACCGGCAUGCGCAUCUCACAAGAGCCGCGAAUGUUUCACGGUAAAAGUAGCCACUUUCAGGUUGUGAACCAGCAACUCGCAGAGAUGGGGAGCAAAAGCUUCGACAAGGACAAAUUCUUCCAGUUACGUGUGCGGCCUGAGUUCCGGGUGAUCGAUUCCGUCCUAAUCGACGAGGUCAACUUGCAAUAUUAUCCUCCCGCGUGGCCCGAACCAGACUUGGCCAUGUUGCUCAUCAACGCAUUUUUCGAGAGAUGGAACAGUGUAUUGCCCCUGUUGCACAGACCCACAUUCAUGCGUCAGUAUGCCGACCCAGCAAUGAGGCAGGACAACACUUGGGUGGCAGUCGCAUUUGGCGUAUUCGCCAUUGCCACGAAAUACGUCGAUGAUCCGAGGGCUCUUGGACAGCCGGACGCAGCGGGUCACUACUUCUACGCAGGAAUCAAAUAUUGGAAAGAGAUUAUUCGUGUGGGAUCUCCUCUAUAUGCCCCUCCUUCCCUAUUCCGUUUACAAGCCUUGAUUCUGUUCACAUAUUUUCUUGGAGGUCAACCUCUCUUUCCGUCCUCGGGAUGGGCUCUAAUAGGCCUUGGUCUCCGAUAUGUGCAAGAUGCUGGCAUGCACUUGAAGAGGGAAUGGCUCAAACGCGCGCAAGCGCAUCCAUUUGAAUAUGAGAUGCGGAAACGAGUAUUCUGGGUUUUGUAUAUAAUGGAAAGGACAAUGGCUCUGGAAAUGGAUCGAAGUUUUUGUAUGCCAGAACAAGACUAUGAUGUCGACUUACUCCUGGAGCUAGACGAUGCUGCACUGGACCUGAUGCAGCAGGGGCAGGAAAAUCCUAUCGGUUUCUCUCAUCGCAUUGCAUCGUUGAACGUUCGCAUUCGUCUCUUGCAGUUUGCUAGCCACAAGCGCGACGAGCUGCAUAUGAUUCGUCACUACUCGGGUAAUGUGCACGAUCGGGAAGUAAAUUACUUGAACGUCGUGCGCACUCGUCUCGAGCAUCUCAGGGGAAACAUACACAAGGAUCUCGUGUACAAGCCGGAUCAAACAGAUCGAGAAAAGUUCCUCUUCUCCUCUCUCAUCCAUGUCCAAUAUUAUUGGGUGCAGCUAAUCUUAUAUCGACCUUUCUUUUCGAAGAGCAAGCGAGCUGCCCAUUCACAAGUGCCUGUUUUAUCUAUCUCUACCUGUGCUUCCCACGAAAUUGCCAAUGCUCUCAAUAAGCUCCGUCUCCAAAACCUGCUUGUGGGUCGGAUUCAUGAGGCCAGCUUGUCGGGAUUUGUCGCUGGCUCUGUGCUACUCAUGAACAUGUGGGAAAGAAAGAACCUCGAGGGCAUGAAAGAAGUAGAACUGUGUUUGGAAACGUUACGAUCUCUCGAGGACCGUUGGCAAUUCCCUGGAUUAUUGUAUGAUGUUCUGAGAAACUUUUCUGUCGUCAUGCGAAAGGUCAUCACAGGGCACUGUCCGACACUCGACUGGCAACCUCCUACCCAAGCAAAUACCGCGGUUCCUGACUGUCCCACCUGUCCCAAUCAAAGAGAAUCCGCCAACGGAGAUUCUUCAGCAAUCAACACUCCAGUGAAGGACGCUAACUCUGGUCCAGCUCCCAUAGUCCCUCCUUUGAACAGUUUGGAGACUCCGUUAGUUAGUUUGAACGAUGCUGCCCAGUAUUCAAACUUCUCCCUGAGCUCUUCGGACCCCUUCACCCAGCCAUUCUUUUCCAGCCAAUUGGAAAGUGUUUUCCACCCCAGUAGUGAAGGCGCACAGCCCAUGGCUGCACCGCCGAAUCAGCCGAUGUUUGGUGAGGAUGGUUGGCUGAAUGAUCUCAACUUUGGGGGCCAUGGCUUCAUGGAUCCUCAAUUCAACGAAUGGCUCAAUUCAAUGCUACUCGCUACCCAGGACACAACCCCUUUGUACAGCACAACCACUUCCGACAACUCAAGCCCACGUGUGUUUACCAAUGAGGCCGUGGGCACCACAUCCGCGGCAGACUCGACAAGGAAUGUGCCGUGGUCUUUCGAUCAGCAAGCCAGCUGAGCGUCUCGAUCAGCACCCGACUCUGUGUCAUAUGAUAUUUUUCUCUUCCCCUCGUGUUAGCUUACUCGGCCUCCCCUGUACAGUUAUAGUCAGCGCAUGCAGCCCUCUAUUCUUAUCUUGUAUUG